AUGUCGACAACACGUGCUGCUGGGGGUCGUCUGACGGCUCCGGUUCGUACUGCCGUUCCAGCAGCCCUGCCUCGCAAGCGUCGCUUUGAGCUGACGGAUGAGCAGAGACAAGAAAUUCGUGAGGCGUUCGAGCUCUUUGACUCGGACAAGAAUGGGCUAAUCGAUGUGCAUGAAAUGAAGGUGAGUAUGCGGGCGCUUGGAUUUGACGUCAAGAAGGAUGAGGUGCUACGCAUGAUGCAGGAUUGCGCUGCGCGCGAUCAACACAAUCAGCCACUCAUGGACUUAGCCGGUUUCACAGAUCUGAUGACGGAGCGAUUUGCGCAGCGAGAUCCACGGCAGGAGAUGAUCAAAGCUUUUCAAUUAUUUGAUGAAAAUAACACAGGGAAAAUUUCUUUGCGUUCGUUGCGCCGUGUGGCAAGGGAACUUGGAGAAAACAUGACCGACGAAGAGCUGCAGGCCAUGAUUGAUGAAUUUGAUACGGAUCAGGAUGGAGAGAUUAACCUGGACGAAUUUCUCGCCAUCAUGUUAGAGGAUGAAGAUUACUAA